AUGGUGCAAGCUAGCCCCAUAUCAAAGCCACAAGACCUCUUUGGGCGUGGGAAGCAGCUCGCCGAGCUUUGUGGCGACGCCCAAUACUACCGAACAUCCAACGGAUAUGGUCUCAAUAACAAUGCUUGGGGUGCGGGCUCAGCGACGGGGGGCUCGCAGUGUACAUGGUUCCAGGCCCUGACCAAGAAGGGUGUUGCCUGGCGCUCGACCUGGGAAUGGCAAGGUGGUGAGGGCAUGGUGAAGAGUUAUCCAUACGCUGGCAAGGUCUUUACUCCAAAAAUUAUCGACAAAUUUACUACUAUGGGCUCCUAUCUCGCCUGGAGUUACGACAACGAAGAUAUUGUCGCCGAUGUUGCAUACGAUCUGUUUAGCAACUCAGACCCCAAGGGCGGUACCACCAACGGCGAGUUCGAAGUAAUGAUCUGGCUGGCGGCGUAUGGUGGAGCAAGACCUAUCUCGGAAAGCGGCUCCCCGGUAGCAAGUCCAAAAAUCGAAGGUUAUACAUGGGAUCUGUAUGAUGGCUACAACGGGGAUAUGCACGUCUACUCCUUUGUCGUUAAGGAUGGCCCGAUAAGAAAAUUUGGCGCCGACGUCAAGAAGUUCUACACGUGGCUUGCCCAGAACAAGGCUUUCCCUAUUGCCUCUCAAUACCUCAUGACCUUUCAAGCGGGUACGGAGCCCUUUAAGGGCUACAGAACCACUUUCAGCGUCGGAGAAUUUAACGCUAUCCUGAGUUGA